AUGGCUUCAGAUUCAGGAACGAUCCUCCGGCUGUGUUUGUACUUUGCGUGCUGCCUUCCGUUUGCCUCGGCUCUCCCUGAGAACAUCAGGCCCUAUCCUCUGGAUGUCACCGUCUCUGGGUUUCAAGCACCAUCAUUGCCCCUGGCCGUAAGGAAUCCAUACCUAUCAGCUUGGCUGCCCGGCUCCCAAGUCAGCAAUCUGCCCACAGCCCAAGCCGAAUUUUGGACCAGCAAAACGACAUUAGGAUGGACUAUCCUGGCGCAAGUCGAUGGCAAAACAUUCACGCUCUUUGGUGCGCCAGAUGGCAUCACAAACACCACAACAGCAACGCAAAAAUCCAUUGGUUACACUGCAACCCACACGAUAGCCGAAUUAGAUGCGGGCGCCGCUAGCAUCGUCGUGGACUUCUUCUCCCCUGUCUCACCAAAUAAUCACCUUCGGCAGUCUUUUCCUUUUAGCUAUGUCACUAUAUCAGUCGCCGGGAGCUCUGAUGUCCAAAUUUUAAGCGCAAUUGAUGAUUCGUGA